AGCGGCCGAUCGGCGCCGGGACAAAGGCGCGGCGCCCGGCGCCCCGAGCAGCCCGAGCCGGGGCGCACAGCCGGGGCGCAACCCGCGCCCCCCGCCGCGACUGACAUGAUGUUUCCACAAAGCAGGCAUUCGGGCUCGUCGCACCUCCCCCAGCAACUCAAAUUCACCACCUCUGACUCCUGCGAUCGUAUCAAAGACGAGUUUCAGCUCCUGCAGGCCCAGUACCACAGCCUGAAGCUCGAGUGUGACAAGCUGGCCAGCGAGAAGUCGGAGAUGCAGCGUCACUAUGUGAUGUACUACGAGAUGUCCUACGGAUUAAACAUUGAAAUGCACAAGCAGGCUGAAAUUGUGAAGAGGCUGAAUGGGAUCUGUGCCCAGGUCCUGCCCUACCUGUCCCAAGAGCACCAACAGCAAGUCUUGGGCGCCAUUGAGAGGGCUAAGCAGGUCACCGCUCCCGAACUGAACUCCAUCAUCCGACAGCAGCUCCAAGCCCACCAGCUGUCCCAGCUGCAGGCCCUGGCCCUGCCCCUGACCCCGCUGCCCGUGGGGUUGCAGCCGCCUUCUCUGCCGGCGGUCAGCGCGGGCACAGGCCUUCUCUCGCUGUCUGCACUGGGCUCCCAGGCCCACCUCUCUAAGGAAGACAAGAACGGGCACGACGGUGACACCCACCAGGAGGAUGACGGGGAGAAGUCGGAUUAGGGGGCAGCUGGGUUGGGGAGGGAGGGUGGGGGGACCGAGGGGAGACAGACACGGAGAGAAAGGAACAUUCAACCCAAGCCACAGUAUAGCUCGCGACUGGCUCACCUCCAGUAGUAUUUAUGGCAGCGGCCUGCUGGGGCCCAGCUCUGCUGGCUGCUGUCCCCUAGCUUUGCACCUACCCCCGACUCCCAGCCUCCCUCCUCCCCCCUCACGGCCCCUUCACCUGCUCACACCACGGAUGAGGCCCACUGAGGCCUGGAGGGGGCAAAUGGGAGGCCAGGUCCGAAGGGAGCAAAACCUCAACAAGUUCAACACCCUCUGCACUUACACCCUCUUUGCACACGUGUAACUCACAGUCUGCCCCCCAGCCCUUUGGGGUACACCACGGCCACCUUCCCAGGCACUGCAUGCGACACAAUGCCAGCUGCCCCCUCCCUGCCCUCGGCACCCCUUGUCUCCCUCUCCAGACCCAGUUCUGCUUCCUCCUCCACCUCCUGCCUACUCUCCUGGUGUGGGAUGCUCCAUGCCCACCUGGUCCUCUCCCCUCCCCCAGAGAAGAGGGGGCAGAUGUAGCAAGCUUAGCUGGGACCAGGAUGGUGGGGGUGGGCGACCCAGGCUUCCCCUCCUCCCCUCCCCAAAUAAAGAUGAGGGUACUAAAGUUGUCUUGCUUUUUAUUUUAUUUUUUCUUUUCUGGUACACUAGCUUGUCUUUUAAGAAAGGGGAUGUUAAAGAAAAAUGUUAAAAAAAAAAAAAUAAGCAACACCCACACCUGUGUCUGUAUAUAGCCUUUUAGAUUGUCGGCUUGCUUUUUUUGUGUGUGUUCAGUCGUUUGAUCUCUGCAAAGAGAAGUGGAGGUGCUGUAUAGAGGGUGGGCUUAGCUGUGCCUUUCAAAUAAAGACGUGAGAAGGUUGGUCA